AUACAACCACCACCACCUAGAGACAAGGCCGCGGCGCGAAAUUCAUAGCAGGUCGGGACGUCACUCCAAGCGGGCCACCAUGUUGUGUUUUGAAGCGUUUGUUUAUAUACACGUUUGUUGGAUCGAGUGCUAUAUUCGUGCUUUAAACUAGCGAUUACAGAGUUUACGUGCAGUGAAGCUACUGUGAACAUGGUUUACAAAUGCUGUGUGCGCCAAGGUGUCGUGGGAAUUACGGAACUGGACCUAAAGUAAUCUUGUUUUCCUUUCCGAAAUAUGCGAAUCUGCGUUGGAAAUGGCUUUCAGCGAUUCAUCGGAACAAUUUCCAACCCACUGAGCACACGAAGGUUUGUGAACUUCACUUCACCAAAUCUGACAUCUGCCGUCAUACGGAAUGUUAUGAUGAAGUGAAAGGCAUAAAGUUUACUGUCAAGCUUUCAAGACCAAGGCUUAGAGAGGGUGCUGUCCCAUCAGUGUUACCAGGCUGCCCAAGCUAAUUGUCUACUCCAUCCACCAGCUAUCGAGAAAGUGCAGAGGAAAGGAGAGCUAGAUUGGACAAUGAACAUCUUCUACAAGCAAUUAAAGACAGUAUAGUAACCAAAACAGAGUAUGAUUCGAGGAAGUUAUUUUCUACUUUCGAAGCAUUUCUGCAGUGCCUAGAAAGAGAAACCAUUCCCAGUGAAUGGACCAUUGUUAGGAGAAGUGACUGUGUCCUAUUUCUAUUGCUUACUGUAUUGACUGCUCCAUCUGUGUCUGUAGGCUAUCUGUUGUAGUGACAAAUGAUUUGCAGUUGUCUGCCUAUCGAAGUAACACUGAGAUAAGAAAGAUAGGCAGUAGAAAAAUAUCACACAAACUUUCAAAUAUGAAUGAUUUGUUUACAGUAUUAGACAAAGUGAAAGAGUUAGUCAGUGCAAAAGAAAAUUCAUUAAAAAGCCAGUGCCUUCUUAUACAGGACAUUUUAAAUGACAUGUGCAGUUCUGUAGAUGAAGAAAAACAGAAACACAUUCAAUUCUUAAGUGAGCAAGUUAAGUUGCUAUGUAGCUGUGAGGAAAACUAUAGGUUUAAUCCUCACUUUUCUGUAUUUUGUUGUAUUCUGCAUUCUAUCUCCCCUCAUGCCUAUAAAUUUUUGAGGUCAUCUGGCAAUCUUAUUCUUCCUCAUCCAAGAACUUUACAGAAAAUAUGUUCCUCAUAUACUAAUGGUUCUCAUAAUGAACAAAAUGAAGGUGCUAUGCUCCUGUAUAUUAAGGAAAGAUUUAAAUCUUUGCAGGAAAGUGAUUGUACCAUUUCUUUAAUGAUGGAUGAAAUUCAUAUUAAACCUUAUUUUGAUUACAAGGGAGGAAACAUUGUGGGGGCAGCAUUUGAUAGUGACGAGGCUGCUACUACAGCAUAUGUCUUUAUGAUACAAUCAUUGCUGUCUUCUUUUAAGGAAGUAGUGCAUGUCCUUCCAGUGAGAAACCUUGUAGCUGAACAGUUAUUUUUGUAUGUGAAGAAAAUAUUAUGUGGCCGUUAUGACAUUGGUUUCAAAGUUAUUUGUGUAGUUAGUGACAACAAUGCUAUAAAUAGGAAAUCUAUGGCACUUUUUAGCUCACCUCCAAAACUCAGUAUAGUUUACCCACAUCCAGCUAAUCCAACUAAGCCACUAUUUUUUAUAAUUGAUUCUGUCCACAUCCUUAAGUGUAUACGUAAUAAUUGGGUUAAUCAAAAGGACUCUCAAGUUUUGCUCAAAUAUCCACAAUUUGAUGGAAGCAGUGAUGAUUGUCAGGUGUUAAUGGCAUCUUUUGAAGCGUUGAGGCAGCUUCAUAAGAUUGAAUGUAAUGGUCUACUUAAGCACUCUUAUAGUCUUUCUUUGAAGUCUCUUUAUCCAUCUUCACUUGAGAAACAGAAUGUGAGCCUUGUUUGGCAGAUAUUCAAUGAAUAUACAGCUGAAGCCGUUUCAACUGUAAGAGAACAGAAAAACUUGUUACAUUACCAGACCACUGCACAAUUUAUUAAAAUUAUGCUUACAUGGUGGAAAAUUGUAAAUGUUAAGACAGUUCACAAAGGUGUUCGACUAAAUUAUCUCUUCCAGUGCCCUCUGUCUUUAAGUAAUAAUAAUGAAAAAUUAGUUUUUUUUUGGAAAAGUUUCUUGUGUGGCUCAAUAAGUGGAAGGACUUAGGCCUGAAAAAUAAUAUCCUUUCAAAAGAUACACAUACAGGUCUGCCACACACAACCUAUGGUUUGAUUGAGAUGGCAAGGUACUGUACUAAAGAGCUCGGUUUCACUUAUUUUUUGCCUGGAAAAAUUCAAACUGAUUCUCUGGAAGCAAGGUUUAGCAGUUACCGAUCAAUGGCUGGCUCUCAGUAUCUCGUAUCUGUGAGACAGAUUUUUGAAGUGGAAGCGAAGAUGAGGAUGCAGAACAUGUUACCACUCAUGUUGAAUUGAAGUACUUUUGGUAAACUGCCUGUUGCAGAAGGGUUCAUCUUUAAUUGUAAUGAUGACACAAAAGAGACUAUACAAACAGACUCUGAGUUUAUGGUUGACAUUAUAUAUUUGGAGGAAGAUUUCAGGCAGGCAGAAACAUACCUUCCAAUAUUAACAUAUUUAGCAGGGUAUUGUGUUCGCAGUGUACUGAAGAAGCAGCAGUGUGAGGUGUGCAGCAAAUACCUUCUGUGAGACAAAGAAAUGUGUCUGCAUGGUGAACAUCAUCUUGGUUUAAUCAAAAAUUUGGACAGGAGUGGUCUGUUUUUCCCUCAGCCUGAUGUUGUGAAUGUUAUUUACAAUUACAUUACUGUACAGGAAUUAAUAUCUGCCCCUAAUGAAAAAAAAAAUUUGUCAUCCAACAGUCAAAGGGUGCUUGUUCAAAAUGUAACCAUAAAUGCUGUUCAGAAGAAAAGUUUCUUCUUAACAGACUUUAUUUGCAGUAAUGGUCAUUUGGCAGAUAAAAUACUGAAGUUGUUAGUCAAAGCAUCCACCAACGCAUUGUUAAAUAAUUACAUUAAGAAAAAGAAUGACACCUUUACUGCUUCUUUUAAGAAACGGAAGCUUAGCACAUUUUAAUUUGUGUACAGUUUACAUGUUAGGACAUUUAUCAGGUGUCACAGGAAAUUUUUGUUAUGUCUCACACAUUCAGUUACACUGUAUUUGGUCCACUGAAAGCAGAGGCAGGUUCCAUAAUCCAUAUUGGUGUAGUACCUUCAACUAAAUGCACACUAAUAGUCAUUUGGUCGAUAUAGCCUGUAAGUUUUGGAUAAUUUGCUUCCAACAGUUUCAAAUGUCAGAAGGUCACAACUGUUUCCAUGCAGACUAUUCAGCUGAAGUAAAUACUUUGUCCAGUACUAAUGGUUAGUUUCAAUCUCAUCAUUGCAAAAUUUUACCAGUUUGUGUACACAUCCAUCUGUGCACCUGAUUCUGGCCUAAGGUUGAAACUGGGCCAGUUUUUCCUAGUAAAGUUUUUAUGUCUUUCAACUAUUCUGUGCAGAAAUAUUUACAUCUUCCUUUCAAUUUGUUGAGCCUGUGCUGCCCAACAAGAGGAAAUCUGUUAAAGUAAUUUUGUAUUAAACCUCAUGUAAUUCAUUAUAACUAUGUAUGUAAUUAGAGGCUAUUAUUUUGGCAUGGAGGCAUAUAAAACUUAAAGUAGAAUAUUACAAUACUACAAAAGGGAAAGCCAAAAAUGGAUUUCUCCCAUUUUCCUGAAUCAGAAUGACACCAGGAUGUUUCCUAAUGUAGUUAAUUCUCAUAACAACUGUUCAUCUAAAUUUUGAUACAAGCUGUCAGUAUUGUUGCAUAUGGGUAACAAUUAGUUAUUGCUUUGCAUAUAUUAUUUUACUGAGACAUAGUUACAUUCUAGUAGUUGCUUAUUCCACUCACAGUUUGGAAUAGUUUAAUAUCAGACACAGUAGUUGGUCUCCAUUCCCAAAUUUGCAUCUCAUCCAGACUGUGACCCUUAAUUUGUUACUAAUCUUAUUGUUUUUUGUUUUUUUUUAACCCCUUGUUAGCGUGACGCUGUGUGUCAGGCUUGGACCGCACAUGUGUUUAAUAUGCUAGAAAAUUUCAUAACAGCACACACUUUGGUACUGAGUGAAAAGUGUGUUCUUGAACUGUUUUUGCCAGUAGCUGUAGAAUCUUGUGUUACAGAAAAUCACUUCACAGCAUCAAAAUACAGCUUUGGUGUUCCAUACAGUCAGUUUAAUUGAAACAGUUUAUUCUAAAAGGAAUAAUGUGAAAGGUGGUGUUUAUAUAGUAAUUAAGGAAAACUUCUUCCCACCUAUAUAGAUGGAGAGUAUCCUUACAAACAUUAAGGAGUGUCAUGUUGCUGCAUUUUAUUUGAAUGUAUAGGACAUUAUAUCCUACACCAUUCAGUUUAAUUUGGAAUCAGUGUAAAAUUGUUACAGUUUUGAUUUAUGUUGUACAUCUUUAGCUAAUCCCAGAGUUAGUUCCUCUGAUUUAUUUUGUUUACACUUAAGUUCAUUACAAGGAAAUUGGCCUACUUCUAGCUUAUAGCAGGGUUUUCAACAAAUGUUGCAUAGCUGUGCAGUAACAAUAUAAAAGAGUUCUUUCAGUUGUGGAUCAGGUAUUCAACUGUAAUGUGAGGUUGGUCUGAUAUGUUGUCGUACUCAGUAUUACCAUUACUUAUUAGUUUACAACGACUAGCUACAUUUUCACUUCGUUGAAUGUCCUUCAGUAGUGCCUCAUCCAAGUACACCUUUAUAUCAUGGUGCAUACAUUCCAACAAAUGUUUGUUGCUCUAUUACUCUGUCUGAGUUAAUACUUUCGUCAGCAACAUAAGUCAUUGUUAGUCACAAGUAUUAAAUUUUAUAGACAGUAAGACUGGUAAUGUAACCUGUUAUACGCAUCUGACAUGUUUUGCAACUGUCAUUUUUCACAAAAUACAAUAUAUCAAAUGUGUGCAACUAAUCAAUUGUUCUGAAAGUAGAAAAGGCUUGCUGCCUUUUAAGAUGGAAAUCGCGAUCUAUUUCUGUAAUGGAACUAUGUUGUGCCCUGGGUUUUGUAACAGCAUUUUCAGGAAGUAGAUGUACAUAUGACUGACUUAAAUAAAUUAUAGUUCAUUA